CCAUAUUAUAAAAUAUAUUUAAUUCGAAAUAUAUUUUGGGGGGGACAUUAGUAUUUACUUGAUCCCUGCAGUUACGUCAUGGUCAUGGGGAAGUGGGUCAUAUUUCAAAGGUGAAAGUUGAAAACAAACAUGGCUGAACUGGAUAUCGGCAGACACUGUGUUGUGGAGGACUGUAAACAAAAGGAUUUUCUGCCGUUUAUUUGUGAUGGCUGUUCAGAAGUUUUCUGUGUCGAACACCGAAGAAGAGACUCUCACUCCUGUUCUGAGGUCUGUGUAAAAAAGGAAACCGUGAAGCGUGGAGGGAACACCUGUACAUCCUAUCCAUGCACAUACCAUGGGUGCAAUGGGAAAGAGCUAUUGCCAGUUGUCUGCUCACAUUGUGAGAAACAUUUCUGCCUAGCCCACCGUCAUCAAAAUGACCAUGAGUGUGAGAAGCUGGAGGUUCCCAAACCUCGCAUGGCCGCCACACAACAACUUGUCAAGGAAAUCGUAGAAUCGAAGAAAUCUGCUCCAGCCAGAGGUAGAAGAGGUGCAAGAAAUAGUGAAACUGCUGCGAAGGUUGCACUGAUGAAACUGAAAUUGCAUGCAGUUGGAGAUAAAUCAUUACCACAGACUGAAAGAACUUAUUUUCAAGUGUUCUUGCCAAAAGGAGGCACAGAGAAAAGUAAACCCAUAUUCUUCUGUUCAAAGUGGAGUGUUGGCAAAGUGGUAGAUUAUGCGGCAUCGCUGGCAAGUCUCAAAAAUAACAAUAACAUACUGACAGCCAAGAAAUUGAGAUUGUGCCAUUCUCUCUCGGGUGAAGCAUUACAGACGGACAGUACCUUAGAAUCGUGGGUGUCUAACACUGAGUGUCCUCUCUAUAAUGGUGGAAAUGUCAUUUUGGAAUACCUAGACAAUGACUGUAAAGGGGUAGAUGAUGUGAAUUCCUAUUUUGGCUGCCCUUAAUGAAACAAUUAAAAACACAAUUAAAAUACUGUUUUGAUUUGUACAA